CACACGCUAAACAUGGGACCCACGCCCGACGUACGAGCGAGGGAAUUGGUGGACGAGUUCUUUGAAAAGCAAGAUGAACCACAGUACAUGCGAAACGUCCUAAGCGGGCUCUCGGGUAUCAUGCUGGUUUUCACAGCGGCGUUUUUCAUAUGCGCCUUGGUGGUGGCAUCGAUCGACAACGCCGGGUUCGACGUUGUCCUUACCGGCCUGCUCCUGUGCGUGUGGGAAGUCGGGGCGAUGUGGCUCCUCAAGCGCGGGCCGCAUGACACUUCGCUGGGGUUCCUGAUCGGAGUGACCCUCGUGCUCAACGUCAUCACUCUCAUGACGGCCAUCUACUGGGGACAACUGGCGGGGUGUGACUCCGACUACGACGGGGACUACGACCAAUACUCGUGUUCAAAUAAGUCGGCGAUGCGGGGUGUUGCGGCCUUUGCAUCCAUCAUUUGGGUGCUUCAGCUGCCCUUCAUCUACCUUCUCGUGCAACGACGAGGGGUGCUCACAAGGGAAGACUAUGCCACAUCAGGCGGGCGCUACGCGGAUUACGACGAUCCGGCUUUCGCGCCGGGGGAAAGGGACAGCGGGGGCUGGGGUAAGCCGCCAGUAGACGAUGGGUCUCCGCGGGUCGGGGCUGUCGUUGGCUCCAGCUCCGGCACACCCGAAACGACGGACCUGUGAUGUGAGGCACCAUCCAGGCCUGUGAUCAGCAAGCCACCCCUGCGAUCAACAGGUCGACGCAGCGACACGCGCAAGAGCAACAAGCCGCGGCCUUGUGAAUAUCGAGCAAGCCAGGCAGACACACGCCAAGGGCCUGUGGCCAGCUGUAACGGCCGGCCGGCCGGGGGUGCCCCGAAGAUGAGAAUGCUACGAAGGGGUGUUGUUUCUGUUCAGGUCAAGGUUCGUUUUUUUCCUUGCGUUGUUGGUUCCCUUGCUGCUCUCAAGUACGAUUUGAGUCAGGGUUCGAUUGGAACUCAGGCGUUGAAAUCUGUUGAUUGAUUUUGCGUUUGGAACACCGGCGGGCGACGGAGCAUACAUGCCCCAUAGUAUACUUAGUUCAAUCAGCGCUUUUUUGUAAGAAUUUCUCAUCAAAUUGUAUGCUGUUUCGAAAUUUGGAAUAAUAAUCAGUGCGAUCGUCAAUCAAAGUGCAAGAGCGUUUGUAUGCAAACUUCUGGUGCCUGCUUCUAGAGAGCCACGUCAGCGUGUGGCUCAAUGCUGCCACUCGCCUUCGUUUUUGUGGAUUUAAACCUGGGAACUUUGUCGCACGAUUGGCCCUCCCGCGUGGUAAUGACGCGAUCAGAUGUAGCGCUGCGUGCUGCAGUCAUCGUGCAGGAGGACUACUGUAGCGUGGACGAAGAUGGUACCGGGGCAAGUCUGUGGUGGGGUGAUGUGGUAUAUAUCGUUUUCGCAGUGGCGGGGCAAGGGUUUAGUCAUGGUGUGGGGGAUGAGGGGCGUGCUCGUUUGUCGUGAACCAC